AUGGAUGAGUAUGACAUUGACGCCCAAGAAAAUGCUCUCAUUCAUACAUUGCCUUAUGAAACAAUGCGAGACUUGAGUAGAAUAUUAGAUGGAGGAGAAGCAUGGAUCGAGCUGGCCACUAGAAUGCCCGACAUCUCUACUCAAGAUGUCGAGGGUUGUCGUCAAUUUGGCGCUUCUCAGAAGGGGAGCCCAUCGGAGUAUUUAUUGCGGAUUUGGGCUAGCAAAGGAUAUUCAGUUCUAAGUCUAUACAAUCUUUUCGCAUUGACUCGCAUGGUUCGCUGUAUGCGAAUUAUAAGGAGCUUAGUAUCUGAUUCUCAUCACUAUUUGGAAGAUUAUGCGCUCACAGCAGAGAGCGCUGACGAACCAUCAUCAAGUCAGAACUAUCAGCAGUACACCAGAGGCCAUCAUGCUACAAUAUCAUCAGUCAAACGUAGUGAACCUCAGCAACCGCUGCAUCCUGCUAGUGUUUCAACGCAAAAAUCUUCAACAGCAAUGUCAACAAGUGACACCUCAUCAUCUGGGAAUAUCUCGGAUCCCAUAUGGUCAGCCCUACAAAAUACCCUUACGGUCCCUUACGUCGAACUUAUGGUGCGUGCAUGUUUCUCCUCAAGCUAUUUUCUGUUGAAUCCUAUUGUUAUAUGCUUUUCCAUAAUUCUGGCCGCAACUUCAAAUUUCGCGGAAAAAAAUGUAUUGGGUAAAGGAGGCUAUGGUGUAGUUUACGUGGGAGAAUGGAAACACACUAAGAUAGCUGUCAAGAGAUUCAUGGCUGGUGGGAAUAAAGGGACUAAC